ACUUCCUGUUUAUAUUUCUGGUGAAAUUGUGCAACACGUGAAAGACAAAAUGGGAAAAAAGAAGAAAGAAGGUAACCUGGGAAAGAUGUUGAUCAGAGACAGAUUUAGUCACAAAAAGCACAGAUCUUCAGGGGACCAAUUUUUACAUACUACAGACCUAAAUGAUGGCUAUGAAUGGGGAAGACUUAACUUGCAGUCAGUCACAGAACAAAGCAAUUUAGAUGAUUUCCUGGCUACUGCAGAGCUAGCAGGAACUGAAUUCACAGCAGAGAAAUUAAAUGUAAAGUUUAUAGAUCCAAAUAAGAAUUCUGGACUACUAUCACAUACCGAGCAAGCUAACGUAGAAAGUCUUCAGGAACAACACAAGGAUCUUCUGAGAAUUCCACGAAGACCACCAUGGGAUAUUAAUACUUCCCCAGAAGAGUUGGACAGAAGGGAAAAAGCUUCUUUUCUGGACUGGAGGAAAUCUUUAUCUGUGUUGUCUGAGGUAGAAGGCAUUAUCUUAACACCAUAUGAAAGGAACUUGGAUUUUUGGAGACAGUUAUGGAGAGUUAUUGAGAGAAGCGAUAUCGUUGUACAGAUUGUGGAUGCUAGGAAUCCAUUAUUGUUUUAUUGUGAAGAUGUUGCAGCAUACGUACAGGAAGUGAACCCUGAAAAGGUCAACUUUUUACUGGUUAAUAAAGCUGAUCUUCUGACACAAGAACAGAGGCAGAUGUGGUGUGAUUACUUCAAUGAGAGAAAUAUCAAGUUAGCAUUUUGGUCAGCUUUAGCAGAAACAGAUAGACAGAAAGAAGAGAAAGAUGAAGAUUCAUCAGAUGAUAACAAUUCAGAUGCAGAUGAAAGUGAUGAAGGCGACGAAAACAUGUCAGAUGAAAAUGAAACUGAUGAAGGUGAAGAUAUGAAUGAAGUUGAUGAGGAUGUCAAAGAUACAAAUCAAGAAAAAGAUGUGUCACAUGAAAUGUCACAUGAUAUACAGGAACGUCUGCAAGGUGCAUCUGUAACAGACUCUGAACCCAAACUGUCUAGUGAUGGCAAAAGUGAGGACAUUAAAUUUGAAAGUCAGAAGUCAGAAACAGACUAUAGUGAUGAUGCUUUAGUAGACGAUUGUAGUCAUAGAAACCAACAUGAUGUUUUGAAUGGAGAAGAACUUUUGAAAAUGUUAAGAACCCUCCAUAGCAGUACUAAAGCAACUCCAGAUCAAACCACUGUUGGAAUGAUUGGUUAUCCAAAUGUUGGUAAGAGUUCUACAAUAAAUGCUAUACUAAAGAUGAAGAAAGUACCUGUAUCUGCCACGCCUGGUAGGACCAAACAUUUCCAGACACUGUUUGUAGAGAAGGAUCUGAUGUUGUGUGAUUGUCCUGGUUUGGUUUUCCCAUCAUUUGUAUCGACUAAAGCCGAGUUAGUUGUCAAUGGGAUCUUACCUAUUGAUCAGAUGAGAGACCAUAUACCUCCAGUUUCUCUUGUGUGUCACUAUAUUCCAAGAAAUAUAAUGGAAGAGAUGUAUGGUAUAAAUCUGCCCCUCCCAGGGGAAGCGGAUGACCCAGAUAGAGAUCCUACAGCUUAUGAACUACUAAAUACAUAUGGAACAAUGAGAGGCUUUAUGACAUCAAAUGGAUUACCUGACUGUCCAAGAACAUCAAGAUAUAUACUGAAAGAUUAUGUCAAUGGUAAAUUGUUGUAUUGUAAGAAUCCUCCAGGAACUGAUCCUGAAGUGUUUCAAUGUGCCUGUACAGUUAUCCCAGAGGACAAGAAGAAAACAGUAUCAGCUAUGAUAUUAGCUUCAGCUCCAAAGCAGUCAAGACUAGAUAGAGAAUUUUUCAAAAAGAGUCAGCAUAAAGCCCAUUCAAUGGGAGUGACAGGAGUUUCAAACUUUGCCCGAGUCCAGGGUGUUACACAGAUCAGUUCAGACUCAAAUAUUGCUACACCUAGUAGUAGUAGUAGCAGUGUACAAACUUUGAAUGAAAAACCAUGGAAAAAACACAACAACACCAAGAAAAGAGAAAAGUUACGCAGAGUUUACAAGGAUCAUGAUGAUGAUUAAAAUGAUUUCUGUGAUUACAUAAAUAAAUUUUAUGGAAAAUACA